UUCUUGCACAAAACGGAAUUGAAAAGUUCAUUGUUUAUCGCGUACCAGUUUAGCGAAUAGAACUUGUUUGUUUAUUUCGAAGUCGAAUUCAGUUUGUUUUGAUUCGAUUUUCCAGUUUACACUGAGAGAAAAAGUUUACCGUUUAUUUAAAAAAAAAAAACAAUUCAAAUCAAAUCGUGUUUUUUUUUAUUUCGUUUAUUUUCUCACUAUGUCAAGUAUGCCGUUGGUAAAUCAAAUAGAACCGUUUAUUCCCGGCACGAUCCCGUUCGCGCAGUUUUUGGAGCAGUUAGAUUGGGUGUUUGCGCAUCAUAAAGUGACAAGUCCGGAGGAGCAAAAAGUGUCGUUUUUGGCUACUUGUAGUAGAGAAGUGUAUAGUGAGCUGAAGCUUCUUUUUUCCGGAAAAGAUUUCAAAAACGUAUCGUUUAAAGAGAUUACGGAUGCUCUGAAGAAGCGAUACGACAAGACGGAAAGCGAUUUGAUCCAGCGGUACAAGUUUUACCAACGUGUCCAAGGUCCGAAUGAAAGUGCAGAGGAUUUUAUUCUUGCUGUCAAGCUCCAGGCAGAAAUGUGUGAUUUCGGAGAGUUUAAGGACAUGGCGAUUCGUGAUAAACUGGUUUGUGGUAUCAGCAACAAGGAAUUGCAGCAGCGUUUGUUUGAUGAGGAGGAUUUAACUCUGGCCAAAGCGGAGAAGCUCAUUGUGAACAGAGAGUUAGCAGGAGCAAGAGCUAAGUUGAUCUCUGGUGAUUCGACUCGUGUUAGCGUUUUGAACAGACUUGGGAAGCGUGACAGUCGUGUGGUUUCUCGAGAUCGCUCACGAGGAAGGAGUCGAGAACCAAGCAGAAGGAGAAGUCGAAGCCGUUCAGUUUCUUUUGAUCGCAGGAAUCGUUCUUCAUCCAGGACUCAAAGUUUGUUUUGCAACUUCUGUCGUAGGAAAGGUCAUGUACGUCGUUUUUGUUAUGACUUGAAGAACAAAGCAAAAAAAGUAAAGUUUGUCGAUUCUCCAGCAGAAAAGCCCAAAAUGACUGAGUAUCAGAAAAGUUUAAGACGUCGUUUGAAUCGUUCAGUUUCGGAUGAUGAAAUGGACUGUUUGUUGAUUUCUUCAGUCAACAGAAUCAACGAACCGUGUUUCCGUAACGUUUACGUUGACGGCUUGCGGUUAAAAAUGGAAGUCGAUUGUGGCGCUGCAGUUUCCGUCAUCAGUUUUGAGAUGUACGAGGGAGAUUUCGAUCAUAUUCCAUUGCAAAAAUGCGACAAGAAGUUAGCAGUGAUCAAUGGGAGUCGUUUGAAGGUUGAAGGACAGAUUCAAGUUUAUGUCGAGUUUAAUAAUCAGAAAAAGGAUGUUUAUCUGAUUGUUUUGCGAAGCGACAACUGUUUCACGCCUUUGCUUGGACGAGAUUGGCUGGAUCUGUUUGUUCCUGAUUGGAGAAGAGCGUUUGGAAGCAACAUCAAUCAACUGGCAGUUUCGACAGACCAGACCGUUGCAGAGAUACAGAGUUUCCGUUGGAGGUCGGGUGUAUCUGGCGCACCGCAAUCAACUCAAGGUGUUUGGCACUAACAAGAAAAGGUGUGGUUUGAUUUUUGCGAGGGGAAAGGAGAGCAGUCCAGCACGUAAACGAAGUAGGGAAGACGAUAACGACGAGAGCUUUGACGACGAUGCUAGCGACUUCCUCGGUUUCGCAGCGGAUUCGUUUAUUUACCGAGACACACCUGACGAUCAACCAAUGGUUUGUGAUUGGGAUGGUGUUGGUUCGGGCAGCAACUGUUUACCGCUUGAGGGAGUUGAUCCUCAAGAAGGCACAUCUACGCGGCAGUGGUCGCGAUCGAAGCAAACGAAUUCACCCGAAUGUUCGAGUCAUCCGUACAUUAGUUUACGUCGUUCGAGGAGAUCGAAGCGUCCUCGGAAAGAUCCCGAUUUCGUGUUUUAUUGAUACUUUCAAAAUUAGUUUAAAUAAGUUUCCACGGCAGUGAAGUUUAGCCGUUUUUUCGAAGUUUAGUUUGCGGCAGUUUUAGUUUUGCCGUAGUUUGAAUUUAUAUGGCAGUGAAGUUUCGCCAUGAUCGAAUGUAAGUUUAAAAUAAAGGGGGAAGAACUGUGGUGACCACCCGGCAAUAGAUUGUUUUUAAGACAAUAGAUUGUUUACAGUUGA